AUGGACGCGGAAGGGUACGACGCGGCGGUCGAAGCCGCCGACCGCAGGAUAGCGCAGCUCAUGCUCGACCUCGGGCGACUCGUGGACAAGCAGGCGAGCCAGUCGGGGAGCGCUGGCGCGGGUCACAUCGCCGAGCGGGUUAAACGCGAGUCCGACUCCGCCGUUCGCAGAGGAUAUUCCAGCGCGGCGAAGGAGUGGGAAGAGCUCUUCGGCGCCGGCGGUGAUACUGACGAGGAGGUGGAGCGCUCGUCGUCACGUCUUCCGACGCCCACAGCCAGGACCACGACGUCGAUGUUCCCGCCACCGAGCAUCGCUGUCGCGUCCACCAGGGGGGACACCGAGGUGGCGACACGAUACAGGUCAACUGUUGAUGCGAGCCACCCACAGAAUGCGUCUUCGUCCACGCGCGUGUCGUCGUUCCCCGUGCUGCGUCGGGCCAUCGAGACAAUCCUCGCCGACUCGUCUCCCUCGGCGAUCGACGGCGCACUGGAAAAUGAGCGCCGGACCACCUUCGCGAUGCGCAGAGGGUUCGCGGAGCUGGUUGAGAGAAGGCGGGUGGCACAAAUUGAGUCAUUGCCUACGCCGCCGACGCCGCGUGUGGAGGUUGUCUUCCACCGCGGCGUGCAGACAGACCCAGACCUGUGCACCCAGCCAGCACCAAAAACUUCUAAAACUUUGGAGGACGUCUACAUCGAUCCCGCGUUGCUGGAGGAAACCUCGACGCAUCGAACGGUGCGCGGAAAAUCAUGCAACGAGACGCAGCGGCCACCGUGGGGCGGUGGGGGCGGGCGCAAGCCACGGAAGGAGACGGUCGGCGGAGGAUGGAAAAGAGUCGACGCAAACAAGCCUAAAGAGGACCGCUUCGAGCCCAUCCAAAUGGCGGAUGCGCCAAAGAAGCUCUCCCGGUUCGAAGCGAGAUGCGCGUUCGCGGUGAGCCGUCACCUUGCGGGCCUCAUCGAGGCUCGGAGACGGGAGGUUCUCGACGACUGGGGCUGUGAGCAUAGCCACGGGUUUGAGGGUGUUGAACUGUUCGUCCGGGUUGAGGCGCGGGAGCUGACAGACCCAGAUGAGGCGGAGAACGCGCGGAGGCGAGGAGUCUUCGUGGGUGCGGGCGAUCGAGUAUUCGUCCCGCUGGAAGGUCACCACGUGCGACGGGUCAGGCUGUACCUGGGACACCCGAUGAGCUGCCUCGGCGUGGGCAAACCCGGUCACGUGUUCCUCGGAAGCGUCAGGGUCGACUACGACAACGCGGGACGGGGCGAGCUUCCGGAGCUGUGCAGGGCCUGCGUGUGUCGUAAGAAACUGGAAGGGUCCGAUUCGUUCAGGAAGAAGCGCGGGUGGAAAGCCGCAGUCGGCGAUGUCUGUGGAUCCCUCGUCUUAAAUUCCCGGUUGGGCGUCGAGUGCAGCAGCGACAUCCGCUUCAUGAUCGCCUGCUUGCGUAGGUCGGUCCUCGGCGAGGGAUCUGCCGACGGAGACGACGGCAACACCAUACUCACGUCGGCGGGAAGCACGAAGCUUGGCGCGACGAAGCUCGGCGCGACCAGCGGCGGCAGAGGUCUGGCCAACUGCUGCGACAGCGCGGAUCUGCGGCGCAGGAGGAGCGAGUCUGGCACCACGAUCUUCUCCGACGACGGGUCCCACGUUUGCCCUGGAUUCAUUUCGUGUCCGGUGGCGGACGAGAAGGACGCGAGCCCGCGAUCCGUCGGCGUCGCUGAGACCCUUCGCUCCACCGAUUCUGUGUCAUCCUUGUCGUCGACGUCCUUGUCGCUCUCGCUCCGACCCGUGCUCAUCGCCGACGCGCUCGUGUCCAUCGUCGCCGCGGCCGUUCCCCCGAACGGUGUGGUCGACGACGGUGACGCCGCACCGUCGGACACCCUCGGGCUGCGCGUGCCCUGCCAGGGGAAUCUGAACCCGCCGCGGUCGUCCGGGGAAAUCGACAUCGGGGAGACGUUCAGCUUCUGCAGGUUGUUGGCCAUGAGCUCGCUCAGCGCGCGCUUCGGAGACGCGCCGAAAGCCCGCGUCGGCUGCACGUCGUCGUCCGGUCCCAGGAAUGACUCCGAUCGUUGGCGCUUCGGUGGGAUUCUGACGCCCCGGCUGGUGUCGGCGAACUGGUAGCCGCUGUCUGGCGCGAAUGGGUUGGCGUGCUGCCACCCGUGCGAGUUGGCGAACGAGGGAGACGCGAACGAGUCAUCCGGCGUCGGCGCCCUGACCUCGUCAGCGGCGCCCCGGUCUCCCGGCGGGGCGACCCCAACAUCGGCGCCGAGGACGACCCGCGUUUCCUUGGGGGGGGCGACCCCGUCUCCGUUCGUGCCUACUCCAGUUCGCGCCAGAUCCAUCCCACACCCUUUAUGGCCCACCGCGUGCUUCCGACACGGCUAGCGAGCGGACAUCGUGCGAGCGAUAGGUGUUCGAGGGGUAUUGUCUGUCUGCGUCGACCAACCGCGCCUCCCGCCUGUGAUGCGCCUGAGCGGCGCGCGUG